GCCCGACGCGCGCUGCAGGUGGCAACUUGGAGGUGCCGCCGCCACCGCUGCGGGAGGAUUCCGGCUCUGGCGGCUCCUUCCAGCCUCCGGGAGCUCUUUCCCGCCGGCGAGCCCGAGACUGGACCGGGAAAAAUUCGAGGGAAAGAGCCGCUGCGCAGGAACCUGUGAACAGCCCUGCCUCUCUGCCCUUGCGCUACUUUUUGUCUCCGAGGAAGGUUGUGCCUGGAGGCUGGAAACAGGCUCCAGAAGGGGCCGGGGAGGAAGGCUCCGGCGACCCAGAACAAUCAACCAUGACGACCGAAUCCGGAUCAGACUCGGAAUCCAAGCCCGACCAGGAGGCCGAGCCCCAGGAGGCGGCAGGGGCGCGGGGGAGCGCGGGGGAGCCCGGGCCGCAGCUGCCCAGCGAAGAGCACCGACAGGCCUUGGAGCAGUUCGCGGCCGCCGCGGCGCACAGCACCCCGGUGAGGAGGGAGGUCACUGACAAGGAACAGGAGUUUGCUGCCAGGGCUGCAAAACAGCUCGAAUAUCAGCAAUUAGAAGACGAUAAACUUUCUCAGAAAUCAUCUAGCAGUAAACUCUCUCGGUCUCCAUUAAAGAUUGUCAAAAAGCCUAAAAGCAUGCAGUGCAAAGUGAUUCUUUUGGAUGGAUCAGAAUAUACCUGUGAUGUAGAGAAACGCUCCAGAGGGCAAGUGCUGUUUGAUAAAGUGUGUGAACACUUGAACUUGCUAGAAAAAGACUACUUUGGGCUUACGUAUCGGGAUACUGAAAACCAGAAGAAUUGGUUGGACCCUGCUAAAGAAAUAAAAAAACAGGUUCGAAGUGGUGCUUGGCACUUUUCAUUUAAUGUGAAAUUUUAUCCACCAGAUCCCGCCCAGCUAUCUGAGGAUAUCACCAGGUACUACCUCUGCUUACAACUGCGAGAUGACAUUGUGUCUGGAAGGCUGCCCUGCUCCUUUGUUACCCUGGCAUUGCUGGGCUCCUACACUGUUCAGUCAGAACUUGGAGACUAUGACCCGGACGAAUGUGGGAAUGAUUACAUUAGUGAGUUCCGCUUUGCACCAAACCACACUAAAGAACUGGAAGAUAAAGUAAUCGAGCUGCACAAGAGCCACAGAGGAAUGACACCAGCAGAAGCAGAGAUGCAUUUCUUGGAAAAUGCCAAAAAAUUGUCCAUGUAUGGGGUAGAUUUACAUCAUGCCAAGGAUUCAGAAGGAGUAGAAAUCAUGUUAGGAGUUUGUGCAAGUGGUCUGUUGAUAUAUCGUGAUCGACUUCGGAUAAACAGAUUUGCCUGGCCUAAGGUUUUAAAAAUUUCUUACAAACGGAACAACUUUUACAUUAAGAUCCGGCCAGGAGAGUUUGAACAAUUUGAAAGCACCAUUGGAUUUAAACUGCCAAACCAUCGAGCUGCCAAGCGUUUAUGGAAAGUAUGUGUUGAGCACCAUACAUUUUUCAGACUAUUGUUACCAGAAGCACCUCCAAAGAAAUUCUUAACCUUGGGUUCCAAGUUUCGUUACAGCGGCAGGACACAAGCCCAAACAAGAAGAGCCAGUGCAUUGAUAGACCGCCCAGCACCUUACUUUGAACGCUCAUCUAGCAAACGUUAUACCAUGUCUCGCAGCUUGGAUGGAGCAUCAGUGAAUGAAAACCAUGAAAUAUACAUGAAGGAUUCUAUGUCUGCUGCAGAGGUUGGUACUGGCCAGUACGCCACAACAAAGGGCAUUUCUCAGACCAACUUGAUCACCACUGUGACUCCGGAGAAAAAGGCUGAGGAGGAGAGGGACGAGGAAGAGGACAGACGGAGGAAGGCUGAGGAAUCCACGCCUGUCUCGGCCAUCCGGCAGGAGGGAAAGUCACCUGGGCUUGGCACUGACUCAUGUCCCUUGUCACCCCCAUUAGCCCAUUGUGCCCCUGCAUCUCCCACAGAGCUCCGUAGGAGGUGUAAGGAGAAUGACCACACUCCGCCAGGUUACGAGCCAUCCAGAGCUGAGCACGUGCAUGGAGAGACUGCCUUGGACUCUGAUGGCCAAGGGAGACCUUACCUAGGGGAUCAAGACGUGGCUUUUAGCUACAGACAGCAAACUGGCAAAGGAACCACCCUGUUCUCCUUCUCCUUGCAGCUCCCUGAGUCAUUCCCCUCCCUCCUAGAUGAUGACGGGUACCUCUCUUUCCCCAACCUUUCUGAAACCAACCUCCUGCCCCAGAGCUUGCAGCAUUACCUCCCAAUCCGCUCACCCUCCCUCGUGCCCUGUUUCCUCUUCAUCUUUUUCUUUCUGCUGUCUGCCUCCUUCUCAGUGCCAUAUGCUCUCACUCUCUCCUUCCCUCUGGCUCUGUGCCUCUGCUACCUGGAGCCCAAGGCGGCCUCCUUGAGCGCCUCCCUAGACAAUGACCCGAGUGACAGUUCAGAGGAAGAGACUGACAGUGAGCGCACGGAUACCGCGGCCGAUGGGGAGACCACUGCCACUGAGUCGGACCAGGAGGAAGAUGCAGAGCUCAAGGCACAGAAUAGUCUGAUUAAGCGAAUAAAGGGUGAAAAUGUGUAUGUCAAACAUAGUAAUCUUAUGUUAGAGGAGCUAGAAAAAACUCAAGAUGACCUGAUGAAACAUCAAACCAACAUUAGUGAGCUGAAAAGAACCUUCUUAGAAACCUCAACAGACACUGCCAUAACGAAUGAAUGGGAAAAGAGGCUUUCUACCUCCCCAGUGCGACUAGCUGCCAGGCAGGAGGAUGCCCCCAUGAUCGAGCCACUUGUCCCUGAAGAGCCGAGUGUGAUAAAGAAAAUACAGGAAGGAGAUUCUGCUGACUCUGUGGUUACUUCUCAUCAAAUAAUUUUCCAGAAAACUGUUCCAUCGACCCUCGAGACUAAACAGUCUUCUGGUGAAAAACUCAUGGAUGGCUCUGAAAUCUUCAGUUUAUUAGAUUCUGCACGAAAACCAACAGAAUUCAUAGGAGGGGUUACUUCUACUUCUCAAAGCUGGGUUCAGAAAAUGGAAACCAAGACGGAAUCCAGUGGAUUGGAGACAGAACCCUCCUCACACCACCAGCCGCCUAGCACGGAGAAGAUGGUGCAGGAAACCGUGUUGGUGGAGGAGAGACGUGUGAUGAACGUGCACGCCAGUGGGGAUGCUUCCUCUGUAUCUGGAGACGACAUGGACACUGCAGCACAGCCUGCACCUGCAGGUGUUUCCAGUGCCGAAAGGAAGGAGGGCUCUGCUCUGACUGAGGGGGCUAAAGAGGAAAGAGGGGAGGAGGUUGAGAAAGCCGUCCUAAAACAGGAAGAGACGGCCACUGUUUCCCAGGAGUGGCAAGAGGAGCAGAGUACAGCUGUCCACAUUUCUGAAACUUUGGAACAAAAACCUCAUUUUGAGUCCUCAACAGUGAAGACAGAAAGUAUCAGCUUUGGCAGUGUUUCACCAGGAGGAGUAAAACUAGAAAUUUCCACCAAGGAAGUGCCCGUAGUUCACACUGAAACAAAAACCAUCACAUAUGAAUCAUCACAGGUCGAUCCAGGCACUGACCUGGAGCCAGGCGUGCUGAUGAGUGCACAGACGAUCACCUCUGAAACCACCAGUACCACCACCACCACGCACAUCACCAAAACCGUGAAAGGCGGCAUUUCAGAGACAAGAAUUGAGAAGCGAAUAGUCAUCACAGGAGAUGCAGACAUUGACCAUGACCAGGCGCUGGCUCAGGCAAUUAAAGAGGCCAAAGAGCAGCACCCUGACAUGUCAGUGACCAAAGUAGUGGUCCAUAAAGAGACAGAGAUCACACCAGAAGAUGGAGAGGAUUGACCAGAGGAAUAACUUAGCUUGCACAUGAAUCCAGUCAUGAAAACCAUUAGGAAAUCCAGAGCCUAUAUGGAGUUCCCUCUUCUAACCCAACUGACUUGUAUCUGUCUGUGGAAAAUUUCAAUCCAGAAGAAUUGACCUUGACCAUUAAUAAAGACACUGGCAGAGAGAUCGUCCCAUAAUAAAGCAAUCCAAAUCAGCAUCACUAAACUGAUAUUGCAUGAAGCAACAAUAAAAUUACAAAAGAGCAGCAUUUUUAAUUUUCACAAAAUAUCUCAGUUUUCAGCUAUACGUGCACGUUCAUAACCAACAAUAUAAACCGUAAUCUCAUGUAACACAUAAAAACUCAUGCCUUUCAUAGUUUAUAUUAUUAAAGUCUAAACAAAAUCGCAAUUUCUUAGGUGACAAACCUUUUGUUUACAGAUAAAUGAAGAUUACCCUAAAAUGCUAGAAGCUGUCUAGGUCCAGUGUGUCAGAUUUAUCCCUGAUUAGAUGUGCCAAUAACCAAGUCUAUUCAGUAAACAACUUGAAUCUUGUACUUGUUUCUUCUGGUUUAUUCCUCUUACCCAUAAACAGUAAUGACUCUCUGACCCUCUGGAAAUAUUUAAUGCUUACGAUCUUGCUUUGUGUAUCUAAUUUAAUUCGUUACAAGGUAGUACUGAUUUUAGCAUAUUAAUGUGAUUUCUUCCUUGUUGUCUGCUUUGGUCUGCGUUCAACUCAGAAAGCUUUUCAGAGUUCUCUAACAAGUCCUAAAUAUGUAAAUUGUCAUUAUUUUGGGAAGAAAAACCUGUAUCUUUGUUAGUUUACAAUAUUAUGAAGUUUCACUCCAGGAAAAUCUGUUGGGCUUCUGUUGAUUUGUUCUCUUUAUUUCUUUUUCCUUGUAUUUUUUAAUUGAUUUUUCUUCUUUUACUUGAAAAGAAAGUGUUUGUUUCCAAAUCUGGUCCAUAUUUACAAUCUAGUUCAGAGCCAAGCCUUAAACUGUACAGAAUUUCCACUGUAAUUAAAAUUAUUUAGUGUUUAGUUAUAAAUAGCCCUCAAAAAGAUAUAUUCUCCAUUACACUGUCACCUGCAUCACAGCCCAUGGUGAAUGUACGUUUCUGCAUAGCAAAAUAAAAAUGGUAAAUGCACUGAAAA